AUGGCAGCCAGCUCUCCGAUAUCCGUACCAAUCGCUUCUUCACUAAGCCAACGGAAUCUUCGCUCAUCUUUAGUAGCCCCCCUCGAAUCGCAACAGCAACUUUCACAACUAUCUUUGUCAAAGCUUGUUGAACAACAUCAAAUCCACCAUAAUCUUCAUGCAGACAUUUGCUCUACUUUACCUUCAGAACAAUGUCAGAUCAAUAGUUACCAGCUGAUAAAAAGUGGAUGGUUAUAUAAACGCAGCAAAAGAAAAGAAUAUAAACCUCGAGAUAUCAUCUCCGUGGAAGACAUUAUGGCUGUAGCAAUGCUCACUGAUGAACACAAACCUAACCAUUUUGCAUUUUUCACACCAAGCAAAAACUAUCAUCUACGAGCAGAUACCAUUGCAGAAGCUGAAAGCUGGGUCUCAAAGCUCAAACAUGUUAUUGAUGCUUCAGCCGACCGAGUAUUAUCAAGUUCAUUCCAACGGUUAUCAAUGUUGGAAGCAGCUUCUAAACAACAGCAACAACAACAACAAAACCAGCCACAGCCACAGCAGCAGCAGCAGCAGCAGCAACAAAAACAAAAACAACAACAACAAAACCAGUCAUCAUCUGCACUACCACCAAAACUCAACCCCACGUACAGACACUCAUUCAACCCCGCACUUUUAAGUAACAGAAACCAACAAUUCCAACCAGUCUUUACUAGCCAAAAACAACGAAGCAAUAGUGCUGUAGCUCCAGAUGUGGUGCAAGGAGUGGAUACUAGAAAUGGAGGUGGUAGUCUGGCCUUUACUAGGCGUCAAACUAUAAAUUUGAGUGGAGGCGGCAGUAGCAGCAGUAGCAGUAGUGACCAAAGAGAAGUUGGAGGGGUGGUACCAACGGUAGCAACAGUAGCAACAGUCAGCAGUAGCCUUACAGCAGCACUAAACCGCAAUACAAGCAAUAAUAAUAACAAUAAUAAUAACAAUAAUGUUGUUGAAGAUGGGUCUCCGUCAAAACUAACUAAAAGUCAAGGCUCAAAUAGCCUACAGGGAAGCUCAAGGUCAGAAUAUAUGAGCUCUCUGAUGUCUGCAACAGACGACGUGCAAUCUUCUUUAGGCUCUCACAAUGAACUGAGUGAUGAUGCAGGGCCGACAUCUACAAUACUGAAACCUGUACCAGUACUAGUACCAAUUCCAAUUCCAGUUCCAGUUCCAGUUCCAGUCUCUGCCCCAGAAAAAGACCAACACGAAACAGCAGUAGAGGUAGCAGUACCAAUGGAACCAUUAACUGGAGAGUCACCUAUAGAAGUACCAACACCAACACCAGCCCCAGCCCCAGCCCCAGCCCCAGCUCCAGCUCCAGCCCUAGCGCUUGCAGAAGAUGAUGAUGCAGAUGUAGAUGCAGAUGCAGAUGAAGAAUAUGAAGUUGAAAAAGAAGUGCCGUUACCUCAUCUUGAAAAAGAACAAACGUUAGAAACAGGAUACCUAAUGCGACGGAAAAAGCGAUACAAUCAAUGGCGCAAGGUCUGGGUGGUUUUGACUAAUAAACGAGUACUACUAUACAAAAGCGAAAAGAGCAAGAGUCCGACCAAAAUUGUUAGUUUGGAUCAUAUUAUUGAUGUUAUGGAACUGGAUGCGAUUUCAAGGAGCAAACAAUAUUGCAUGCAGGUCAUUUUGCCUGAGAAACGACUCCAGUUUGCAGCUGCCAAUGAGGAAGACUUGACACGAUGGUUGGCCUCUCUCAAGGCCAAUAUUGAUAAUGCUCAAUCCUAA